CGCCAUUACGCAUGUGACUCGUCACCGGCUCGUGCAGGCUGUUCCGUUGUGUGGACGAAAACUAAAGAUGUUGGAGAAAUAAUUGAAGCUGAAGUUCAGCUAAAUUAAAAUUUGGCGAUAUCGGAACAACUAUAUGAUUUAUCUAUUUGAGAGCAUUAAGGAACAUGCUUUCCUUUCCACGUUAAGUCUAGUCAACACUUUUGCGUAUCUUAUGCCAUUUAUCCUGGAGUAAACGUAACGUUACAGAAGUUGCGAAUGAAGUCGUCAGGCGCUGAUCGAUCGGAAUCUUGAGAGGAGCUGGAGUUAAAGCGGCCUGAACAUGAUCUCUCGUCAGAGUAAGGAUUUCCUCAUACGGAUCGCCGGUUACUGGAAGCCGCUGUUCAGAGGCCGGUUUCUGAUCGUGACGAACACGGUGAGCUCCGGAGGGAUGUUAGCCACGGGAGAUUUCAUCCAGCAGACGCGCGAGACGCGGAGGACACCCGGCCGAACACGUGACUGGACGCGUACAGCUUGUAUGUUUGCGGUCGGAUGCUCUAUGGGUCCUUUCAUGCAUUAUUGGUACCAGUGGCUCGACAGAUACUUUGUUGGCAAUGGCAUUAAUAUUGUCUGCAAGAAAGUGCUUACUGAUCAGCUGGUCGCAUCGCCAGCGCUGGGGGCCUGGUACUUUCUAGGUAUGGGUAUGAUGGAGGGUCACACUUUUUCUGAGGCACAAGCAGAAUUCAGAGGAAAAUUCUGGGAGUUUUACAAGGCAGAUUGGUGUGUUUGGCCUGCAGCUCAGAUGAUAAACUUCUACUUCUUGCCACCCAAGUUUCGUGUCCUUUAUGUCAAUAUGAUCACCCUGGGAUGGGACACUUAUCUCUCCUACCUCAAACACAGAGACAAAGUAGAGGCCACAACAGAAGCUGAGUGAGCUGCCUGAAGAUGUCUAAGGGAAAAGGAAGAUUUAAAGCCACAGCUUCAAUCAUUAAAAAAGAAUAAAAUCUUUUUUUAAAGACUUCUGUUUUCAAUCACAUAAUAGAAUUAUCUCCAGUAAUGUCAGGUACAUUGCACAUUUUGCCACUGGAGUUUUGUUUUUAUUGUUUUUGAAUAAUUUAAAUAGUAUUGAAAAAUUAAGUCACUGUAAACAAAUGUAUUGUAUUUGUCCAAAAUCGGUGUAUUUUUGACAUGUGAAGGGCAGUUUGUAAAAUCACACGGUUUACAUUAUAUUCUUAUAAUGGUAUACAGUUUUUAGGCUUGCUUUACUGUAAGAAGUAAUAUUUUAAGUUUGGUCAAACAUGUUUAUAAUAACAAUAGUGUGCUAAUAAUAGUUUCAUAUACAUUGGAGAAAUACUGUAACAGAUGCUGCAUAGGCAGUAACGUCACUAUUGAUUCUUACUAUUAAGUUCAUAAAUGGCCUUUACAUGUAAAUGUUUGCCUUAUUAAUUUUUUUGUGUGUGUGUGUGAGAUUAUAAAUUGUAUGUGUUGGAUAGAA